AUGGGUUGUGUUCUGGGAAUCUUUACUUGUUGUUUUGGCUCAACUGCGUGUAGUCUUUGCUGUGCUUGCUGUCCAGCAACGCGGAAUUCAUUAAUAACACGUUUAGCUUAUGGAUUACUUUUAUUGAUUGGCACAAUCAUUUCCGGCAUAUUUUUAAUGCCUGAUUUGCCAAAAAUUCUUAACAAGAUCCCACGUCUAUGUAAGAAUUCCACAUGGGAUGAUGAAGGCACUGUUUCGGGAUAUAUUUCGUGCGAAGAGAUUGUUGGCUAUUCGAGCGUUUAUCGUAUCCAGUUCUCUUUUGCUUGUUUUUUCUUCCUCAUGACGAUUUUGAUGGCGCAGGUGAAACGAUCAAAAGAUUUUCGAAGUGGAAUACAAAAUGGAUUUUGGUUUUUUAAAAUCAUCCUCAUUGUUGGGAUUUGUUGUGCAAUGUUUUUUAUACCAAAUCGAGGAUUCACAUCUGCUUUGAUGGUUGUUGGAAGCAUCUGCGGUUUCGUAUUUAUACUGAUUCAACUAAUCUUAAUCGUUGAUUUUGCACAUAGUUGGAAUGAAAAUUGGGUUGCGAAGGGCGAAGAUGGAAGUCGAAAGCAUUAUUGCGGCCUUGUCUUCUUCACUACAUCGUUAUAUACUAUAUCAAUUGUUUCCGUUAUACUUCUAUAUAUAUAUUAUGCGUCGAAAACGACAUGUGGUCUCAAUAUAUUCUUCAUAACUUUCAACUUUCUUUUGUGUUUGAUUAUUUCCGUUAUUUCUGUCUUACCAAUGGUCCAAAAUUAUCAUUCGACAUCAGGUCUAUUGCAGUCAUCGUUCGUGACUGUUUAUGUCAUCUAUUUAACAUGGUCAGCUAUGACAAAUGAAAAGCCAGAUCCCAUAUGUAAUCCAACGAAUAAUAAUGCGUCAGAAAAGCGAUCUGUUGGGAUUACAUCUAUCGUAGGAUUGAUUAUUUUCUUCGGUAUGAUGAGUUAUUCGGCUAUGACAAGUUCAAGAAGCUCAUCAAGUGGAAAAUUGCUGGGUAUAUCGAAUAAUGAUGAUAUAGAAAAUGCGCGCCCGAAAAUUGACGGUGGUAAAAGCUACGAUGAUGAAAAAGAAUCUGUCGCUUAUAAUUAUUCCUUAUUUCAUUUGAUGCUCGUCUUUGCUUCGUUCUAUCUGAUGAUGACAUUGACUAAUUGGCUCAAACCCAUGAACGACUUUUCCGAUUUUGAGCAUAAUAAUUCAGCUGUUUGGCUGAAGAUUGUUUCAUCGUGGCUAUGCAUUCUUUUAUAUUUUUGGUCGGUGAUUGCACCGUGCGUUUUCCGCAAUCAAGAUUUCUCCUAA